AGCAACAUCGACAACCAGAGUGCACACCCCCUCAGAUCAGUGGGAUAGCCGAUUGAUUUCUGCUGGCUUCAGCAAGAUAGCACGAUGGCCUCUAUCGAUCCUGCGUUGCAGGAUCCUCUCCUUUCCCUUCGCCGUGCCAUCGAGGCCGGCACCCUUCCUACGCUGACGACCUCCCCCGAUCUCUCCGACCAGAACGCGACUGACGACCUUGCCAAAGCAUCGUAUCUGUUUUUCACGCAACCGAUUCCACAGACCAUCUCCCUGACCACGCCAACGCGUUUCGUGUCUGCCGCGCUCGAAUCCGCGGUCAACCUCCGCAGUAUCUUUUUCGCAUGGCAGAAAAAAGAUGUCGCGAUUCCCGAGUACAUUGCCUCGGCGCAGGAGCUAAACGAAGCACUCAAGCAGAAGGAACGCCCGGAUGGUGAGCCAGAAGAAAAGGUUCACAACCUGGUGUUCGUUGAACGGUUAGACCUGAUCACCUGGCUGGAGGGCGCAUCUGAUGAGAGUGAGUACAUCAAGCCCCUGGAAGGCGCGGCCGCUGCAGCCCCUCAAGCAGAUCAAGCUGCGGCCGUUGCUGCCGGUGCUGCCCUCGGGGUCCCGUCCGCCCCUGGCGGCGGUGCACCAGCAGGAGCUGGUCCGGCUGCCAGCGCCCAGACUAGCCGGGCUCCAAAGCCCAUCGAUCCCAGGUUACAGGAGAUCUACAAUGGAGAAAGACGGAUGGGAGAUCGGAAUACGGUCUUAAGAGGUAUCAAACCGACGGACUUUUCACACAUUCGUAAAUCGGCGGAAUCCUUCCUGGCACGCAACCGGUCACGAAGCGGACAGUACCCCCCCGGCACGAAACCGGGGAGCAAGCCACUGGCGGCACCGUCUGCCGGGUUCUCGCUCUCCAAGUCUGGGCUCUCGUCAUCGUCUUCUUCUUCUCGCCAUCUCAAAGAUCCUAUCAUCCUCAUCUCCCCCUCUGCCUCAUCGCUGAUCCGCAUGGCAAACGUCAAAUCCUUCCUCCAAAACGGCACGUUCAUGCCUCCGGACCAUCCGUCGCUGAACACGUCUGACGCGCCGAAUAUCCUGCAUGUCGAACGACCGAUUCGCCAUUUGGCGAAAGCGUCUGGUGGGGAUGGGCCGUCGCAACAGCGCGGAGGCAAGAUGACCCGGUUCAUCCUGGUGGACAGCACGGUGAAUUUCAAGCCGGAGUACUGGCAACGGCUGGUUGCGGUGUUCACGACAGGCCAGACGUGGCAGUUCAAGUCGUACAAGUGGACGUCGCCACCGGAGCUCUUCAAGCACGCGACGGGGAUCUACGUCGGCUGGCGGGGCGAGGAUACCCCGCGGGAAGUCAAGGGCUGGGGCCGUGGCGUCCAGAGCUUUGCCAUCGAGCGAUGGGACGACAAGGGCGGAGCCCACGGGGGUGGUCGGUGGCGGGACCGGGAGAUUGUCGAGAACAUCUGGAUGGCUAUCGAGGAGGGGAUGCGGAUGAGAGGAUGGGGGACAUCGAAAUAGUGAUAUUGUUACAUG